GAGUGCAGCAGCGACCGCAGCAAUACAGGCGGGAGUUUAUCGGUGUGCAGGCCUAAACUGGGAAGAAGAUGCUAAUUAAAGUGAAGACCCUGACUGGAAAGGAGAUUGAAAUUGACAUUGAACCCACAGACAAGGUGGAGCGAAUCAAGGAGCGUGUGGAGGAAAAAGAGGGAAUCCCCCCACAGCAACAACGACUCAUCUACAGUGGCAAACAGAUGAAUGAUGAGAAGACAGCAGCUGAUUACAAGAUCCUAGGUGGUUCAGUCCUCCACCUUGUACUGGCUUUGAGAGGAGGAGGUGGCCGCAGGCAGUGAUGGAUCCUCCCUCCAUUUUACUUUACUCUGUCAAUUAUAAUGAGGCAUCAUAUAGCCUCUCCUCUGGGAGCCCAGAGCCACUGCCCCCUCCCCUGGAUGCCCAGUCUUGUGUGUCUACUGGUGGGAGACUAAGAGGACCCCAGGAUGCAAUGUGUCUGGCCCAAAAGGCUCUUGCUAACUGAUGGGUUUUAGUUGCUGUCCUGUGUGCUCCCCUCCAAUGGCUAUGUCCCUGGUUGUCAAUAAAGUAU